AUGGGUGAUACGCUUCGAGCUCAAAAGCCCAGGCCUAACGGGGCUCCUCCUCAAAUGAAACGCUCUGCUCCCCAGCAGCGAAAUCCACAGCCUCCUUCGGAACAGCCCAGGCUGCUAGACCAGCGCCAGCAGGCUCCCAAGGACAACUCCAUGAGACUAGAAGUAGGCAACUACCUGAACCUGCCAAUGGGCCAGGGCAACAUGCCACAGCUGGCUCCGCAUUUCAACCAGUCCAGACACAACUCCCAGGCGUUUUUGUUCAAUCCUGGAAGGCAGGACCUGAUGCUGACGCUUCUCAACUCGUACCCUCUUCCCAAUACCCAGCAGCCUCAGGGCAGCACGGGGAAGAGGCCUGCGGCCGAUCUGAACUUCCCUAGUUACUAUAUGGGUCUGCGUGAUUCUGUCAGUGGUGGUGCCAACAUGCCGCUGGGCCUGUUGGGCGAGAACGUGCCGCCUGGUCGUCUUAGAGGAGACCUGAUCUUCUUACCACCACCAGUGACGUCUAAACACCCUUCUGACGAUGGCUCAGGGCAGUUUACCCAGCCCCAGAACACCCAGCCUCAGUACCAGACCCAUCCUUCGCAAUUCCCCGGUCAGCUGCGCUCCAACAGUAUCUUCAGCUCUCUCAUUCAAAUUCCAGGCUCUUCGCUGAACCUGGUGCUGGAACCAUCCAAAACUGGCGGGCCUGGCACUUCCAGUCCAAAGAAGAAGACUACGGACGACUACCAAACGUUCGACAACAAGGAUAGUCUUGGCCAGAUGUUUGGCUGGAACCAGACGCCGUCCAAGCCAGCCAGCACGGGUGGAAAGGGCUCCAAGCUCUCCUUUGACGUUCUGAACGCUUUCUUGGAAAACUCAGGCCUCAUGGGCUCCAUUGCCGGUAUGUCUAACGACAGCAUCAACGCAUUCCUUGCGAGCAUCCAGAAUAACGGUUCUGUGGAUUUCAACAGCAUGAGCGAUCAGCAGCGGCGUGACUCCAUCUUGAAGUUCAUCAACGACCAGCAGCUGGGCGCUGAACGUGGCGCACAACCUCGCAAGUCGUCGCUGAGAGCUACGCUUAGAGAAGAUAUCUUCGAUAAGCUGAGAGAUAGCACUUCGACGCAGCAGUCUCGUGGCCAGCGCAAGUCUAGUCUAGGCAUGUCUGAUCCUUCCAGGCUUUCGCCGCUGUCGUCGAUGUCGUCCAAAUCUUCCCACCGCUUUAAUGAAGAACCCCAAUCGCCCAAGACGUCGCCCAGCCAAAUGAAACGCACCUUAGACCCUUCGGAAACCCUAGCGCUUCCUCCCCAGCAUCAGCAAUAUCCUCCCACAGCACACCCUGCAUCCAUCCAGAAGCCCACUCCCAAUAAUAACUACUACCCACAAAACACUUAUCAGCAAUAUCCAGUCUACGGUGAUAAUGUUGGAAGACAGCCCCAGCAGCAGCCGAACGCAGCUCAGCAGCAGCAAAGGCAACGUCAAGCCCAAUACUCUCCUCAACGCCAGUAUGCCCAGAAUCCACAGAUGCAGCAGUACCACCAAAACCUGCAACAGAUGCCGAUGUACAAUCAGUUUCAGCAGCAGCAACACCAACAGCAGGCACAAAACCAGGGAUUCAACGUUCCACAGAAUCCCCAGGCAGCGUACCUGCCUCAGAUGUUGAAGAACCCUCCUCCUCAGUUCUCGCCAGGCAACAAGAAUUAUUCCUAUGGUAAUAACCAAUCCCAAAGAGAUGCCUAUGCUUUACAGCAACAGCAGCAACAGGGCGGUCGUAUCCAGAACCCUAAUUUGUUGCCAGCCCAGCAGUUUGCACGUUCUGAAGACGGAAGACCUUUGCUUGGAGCAACUAAGGUUGACCAGCUCAUGCUUGUUAUUCAAGCCAGAGAAAAGGGAAACACCGGUGCCAUUAAACAAGCAUCAGAUGGAAGCAUUCUUGCGCUGCCUAACUCGAACCACGAGAAGAGCGCUGUUAUUCCUCUGACGGUCGAUUUGGUUGGUGGUAUUGAAAAGCCCCAAAGAGAAGAAGGCGAGAUUAUUGAAGGUGCACCUGAGAAGAAAAAGAAGCGUAAGGGCAAGACGCAACAAUGUCCUUACUGCUACAAGACGUUUAACCAGUCCACACAUUUGGAAGUGCACGUUCGCUCCCACAUCGGGUACAAGCCAUUCCAAUGUUCAUACUGUCUCAAGCGGUUCACACAAGGCGGUAAUUUGAGAACGCAUAUGAGGCUCCACACCGGUGAAAAGCCAUUCACUUGCGAGGUCUGCAACCGUUCCUUUAGCAGAAAAGGUAACCUCGCUGCCCAUAUGUUGACCCACAACAAGGAGAAGCCUUACGAGUGUAAGCUUGACAACUGUGACAAGUCGUUCACGCAGUUGGGUAACCUUAAAUCGCAUCAGAACAAGUUCCACUUGCCUACAUUGAACCGGUUGACGCAGACUUUGGCAGAGCUCAGUGGUGAAGCUUUAGAGAGAUUGCCCCCAGAAGAAAAAGAGCUUCUUACAUACUUCCGCAAGCUCUACAAGAACCUGAACAAGGGUAUUCGUGGACGUGGACGUGGCGGAAAAGGUCUUGAUGGAGACGAGCCUCUUUCUGCCGAAUCCAGUGUGCAGCUGAGUCCUCAACAAUUGUCGAUUCCAAGAGCUGACGGGCAGCAGCAGAUGCAAAUGUCACAGCAGGGUUCGCCGCUCUUGCAAUCUUCAGCGGCUCGCCGUCACGACGGGUACUGA